GCGAACCAAAACCUCGACAAGACACCGACCACGGGACAGUUGCCCAAGUGCCGGUCCUCCGCUUACAGGUGCCGUCCUCGGGUUGUCUCCAGCCGGGCAAGGAAUAUGCCUGGACCGCGGCGGUCUCGCUUUGACUCCGCCCUCCGGCCCGCUGAGACAUGCUAGAAGAUGAGGAUUGCCAUAAGAGAGCAGCUCGCAACGGUUGUGAUACUCGCGGUCGGAGUUGCCCUUGCCGUCGUGUCAAUCCCAACAUGGAUAUUCGUCAACAACUUCACGCUCGGCGUCGAGUCCGACGGCUUGUCAUUGACUGCGUCGCUCAAGGCUGCGAGGAUAGCGUCCGAAAUCAAGCUGAUUCAGACGGCCUGUCAGAGCAUCGCGACACGCCUGCUGUUGCAGGACGCCUUCAGGAGGUUCUACGCGUCGCAAGCCAACAAUACAACCGAUGACGACACCUGGGCGGACGCUCAAGACGACAUUCAGAGUGCUCUCGACAAGACCGGAUUUUCCGCCCUGCUGCAGGCUCGCCUGUACUCGCGGAACACGACGGGUAACCCUAAGGGCCUCGUGAGCCUCACCGGCAACGGGGCCAUCGACUCCGGUCCUAUCCUGCUGCCGUACAAAGCCCCCAACGGCUCUGAUGUUCAUCUGGGGGAUCCCGAGUACGGCUUUCCGCCGUCUCUUUUUCCCAACAUCACCUACCGGGACCUCGGCCGCCCAAGCAAUGUGAUGCCCAACACGAAUGCCUUUACCGCCGUCGUGUUUCCCGGGGUCUCGCUUGGAAAUGGCAGUGAAAAGGCCGGUGUCCUUCUUGGACCAUUGGUCGUCAACUCCACAUACGCGCUCAUUUCACUUACCAUCCCGAUCCGCGACACCGGAAACAACGACUAUGUUCUCGGCUACAUGACGCUGGUUGCAAACACGAGGACACUGGUCGAGGUGCAGACGUCCAGGGAAGGCUUGGGAAACACCGGGAGGGUACUGUUCGUGGGCUCUACCAACCCAUGGAACCACUUCAGCGCCCCGGUGGCCGCAAGCAAUUCAACCUGGACCCCGCCUCUCGAAGAGUUUGGAGAGCAGGAAGUGCGGUUCCUGCUGCCGCCCCAACCUCCAGAUGGCCAGCCGGACCGGCAUAGUCUGCGAAGCUUCGGAUCUGGUAAAUAUGGCGAACCAUUCCGGCUACGUGAGUACCCAGCAGUCUUGGAUGUUUUGCGCGACCAGAAUCCGUCCCCUAAUAACGCUACAAGCAAGCUCUCCACGACGAAUGAGCAGGGGUACUCGGUAGCCGUAGGGGUCGCCCGGCCGCAAACCCCGCUGGUGUCUUGGGCUAUCGUGGUGGAGAAGGACCGGACCGAGGCGUACCAGCCGAUCAGGACGCUCCGCAGCAUCCUCCUGGGAUGUGUGUUUGGCACAUUGGGCUUGGUUCUGCUGCUCGUUUUCCCAUUUGCCCAUUGGAGCGUCAUGCCGAUCAGGCGCCUUAAAAUAGCCACGGAGAAUUCGAUCGAUUCUCCGGGCUACGAGGAUGACGAGGACGAUGUCUUCGGCGAGGAGAACCCGAGCUCGGGUGGGACGACGUCAGGCAGAUCGUCGGAAAAGGGAAUGCUAGCCAAUAUUCGCCGCAAGAUACGCAAACACCAAAGGGCCAAGCUGAGGCAAGCCGUGACGGUCGAGCCGGGGCGCCGCCGGUUCAAGAUUCCCGCCAAGGUCGAGAGCGGGAAGCACUUCAUCACAGACGAGCUGACGGAACUCACCCAGACCUUCAACGAGAUGACCGAAGAAUUGCUCAAGCAAUACACGUCUCUCGACGAGAAGGUGGCAGAACGGACGAGGGAGUUGGAGAUCAGCAAGAAGGCGGCCGAGGCAGCAAACGAGAGCAAAACUCUCUUCAUCGCCAAUAUCUCGCACGAACUGAAGACACCUCUCAAUGGCAUCAUGGGCAUGUGCGCCGUUUGCAUGGAAGAUGACGACCUGCAGCGGAUCAAGCAGUCCCUCAAGACGGUCUAUAAGUCGGGCGAUCUCCUGCUCCAUCUCCUCGAGGACCUGCUCAGUUUCUCCAAGAAUCAGAUCGGACAGCAGGUCAGUCUCGAAGAACGCGAGUUUCGGCUGGGCGACGUCCGCUCGCAGGUUUUGGCCAUCUUUGACAAGCAGGUUCGCGAGAGCAGGAGCGGGCUAACGGUCACCUUUGUCUCCGACACCCCGGCCCCCGGUCCGGACGGCCGAUCCAGCACGGACAAGCGACUCCCGGCUCUGGGUCCUCCGGGCGUAGGCAGGUUAAAGGACAUGUGCCUCUGGGGCGACCAGCACCGGAUACUGCAGGUUAUCAUCAACCUCGUCAGCAACAGCCUGAAGUUCACCCCACCCGGGGGCACGGUCAGCCUCAGGAUACGCUGCGUCGGCGAGGUUGAGCAACCGAGCGACGAGAGCAGGACUUCGUCGUUCUCCAAGACAGGCUCUUCCAAUAGGGCGGGCCGCACCCGGCACCGGGUGGGUUCGGGGUCGACAAACUCGGCAAGCUCCAAGGGACCGCAUCUGCCUCUCUCCUCGGUCAAUGGCGGGACCGCUCUCGCCAUCAAUCCCGCGGACCCAAAGGCCACGCCGCAGAUCCACAUCCGGGAACGUUCACCGACCCCCCCGCCGCCAAACGCCAAGACAUACCUGUUCGAAUUCGAAGUUGAGGAUACAGGGCCCGGAAUCCCCGAGCAUAUGCAGCAAAAGAUCUUUGAGCCGUUCGUCCAAGGCGAUCUGGGAUUGAGCAAAAAGUAUGGCGGCACUGGCCUCGGAUUGAGCAUUUGCUCUCAGCUGGCUACUCUCAUGGGCGGCCACAUCUCGCUCAAGAGUACGCCGGGUGUGGGGACGACGUUUACGAUGCAGAUACCUCUCAAAUACGUCAAGGAACGUGCCUCGAGCACCGCCUCCAGCAGCGUGAAAUCACGACCGCCAAGCGUAGGCUCGAUGGAAGGCGAUUCGCGGAGUCUAGCCCCGCGGAAUUCGACAGAAGUUCAACGUCAACCGGCCGCUGCUCCUGUACUCGACCAGCAACCGCGCCUUGUUGGCCUCAGCCAGCCGUUCUUCGCGUCGACCACCCCAAACCGGAUCAGCAAGGAGGACCAGAUGGCUGCUAUCGACCGGGCGAUGGCGACCAAGUCCGGUCAGGGAAAACUCCGUGUUUUGGUGGCCGACGACAACUCGACCAACAUCGAGGUUGUCAGCAGGCUUCUGAAACUGGAGGACGUCUAUGACGUGACCAUUGCAAAGGACGGUCAAGAGGCGUAUGAGCUGGUCAAGGCCAACAUGGAGAAAAACCAGCUCUUUGAUGUCAUCUUCAUGGACGUUCAGAUGCCUAACCUGGACGGGCUCCAGUCAACGCGCCUGAUUCGGAAGAUGGGCUAUUCGGCUCCCAUCGUCGCUUUGACCGCUUUUUCCGAAGAGAGCAACGUCAGGGAGUGCAUGGAGUCGGGCAUGAACGAGUUCUUGAGCAAACCCAUUCGGAGGCCGGCAUUGAAGAAAGUCCUGGCCAAGUUUGCGACCAUACCGGAGGAACCGGAAACGUCGAGCUUGACGCGCAGGACAACGCCCGACAAGACUCCUGUGGCGACGCCCGAGUUGGAGGUCAAGGACCCUCUCGCGAAUGGCACGGGUAUCUCGGCGAGUGUCCCUCCUACUGAGGUACAAUGAUACAGGUAGGGGUCGUCGAAAAAGACCCUUCGAAUCUGACGCAGGCUCAAUGUUCUUGGGGACCUGUUUUGCUCGGGAAGCACUGCUCAUUUCAGGAACACUCCUGGCAAUCCUCGUGUUGCCCCCAUCUUUUCCUUUCUCCCUUUUCCUUCUUCUUCCCCUGAAAUAUACCAUUCUGGAUCUGCUCGUC